CACUGUUGGUUAAUGGUUAGAUUUUUUGUGCGAGGGUGGGAGAGUCGAGUUGGUACUUGGUUACGUUUUCUGUCAUUAGAAACUGUAGAAAUUGUUUAAGCUGCUAUUUUAUAAAUAAUUAAAAAAAAUGGUUAACUUUAGCGUGGUUAGUUAUCGUAAAUCCCUUCACACUUACGACAUAUUAAUUUAAUAGAAUUUUAUUAGGUUGUCAUUAUUGACAAGCAGGCCAAGAUGUCGAAACGUACAGCUGAAGAUAGCGGUAAUGGCAGCAAUCAACCGCCGAUUAAAAAGGUUCACUUUGAACCGCACCUAAUAGGUCCAGUGUCCACGCUGGAAGAAAUGGACAUAAAAGUCCUACAAUUCCAGAACAAAAAGUUAGCUCAGAGAAUAGAACAACGUCAUAGAUGUGAGGCUGAGCUACGAGCUAGGAUAGAACAGUUAGAGAAGCGCCAGACCCAAGAUGAUGCUGUAUUAUGUGUUGUCAACAGAUACUGGAAUUUAUUAAAUGAAGAUAUAAGAGUAUUGUUGCAAAGGUUUGACGCAGAAACAGCUGAUGAAUCUGAGAACAAAAAUGAGAAUGAAGCAACCACAUCCUUUCUUAUGCAAUUAUCAACUUGGGAUAAAGAAGAACUGGAUGCUCAACUGGCAAACAGAGUACAAGUGAGCAAAAGAGCAGUAGCAAAAGUGUUACAGGCUUUUGACAGGCUGCAGCAAAGAAAUGAUAAAAUAUGGAGGGCAAUAAAAGGAGAAGGAGAAGAAGGUGCCCCAGCUCCAUCCCUUGAUGAAACAAUAAGGGCAACAAAUGAGGAAGUUACCGCAGAGAACCGUCGGCUCCAAGCCCUCAGUACCACUUUACAUGAGAGUCAUCAUACCAUGACAUUGAGAGUUGCCCAGUUACAGGAUGCAGUCAACAGUCGGGAUACUGAGAAUGCAGAGUUGAAGAACCAGAUUGAUGACCUGCAAUAUGAGUUAAUGAAGAUUCGUUCCAGAAAUGAUAAGCUAGAGAAUCACUUAGCAGAAGCAAUUGAGAAAUUAAAGAGCUACCACCAAUCAGGCACAACAGCCACUACUACUUGUGCUCCCACACCCCAUUCAGCAUUGGCUAAUGCCAAGUUGGAAGACAUAGCGGCAGAACUGGAAGAGCAGAGGGAAUUAGCUAAUAAUAGACUGGCGGAACUGGACAGAUUACAUAGACAACAUAGGGAUACACUGAAGGAGUUGGAGAAAUUGAAGAUGGAUAUACGCCAAUUGCCAGAAUCUGUGAUAGUAGAGACGACAGAGUAUAAAUGUCUUCAGAGUCAAUUCUCUGUACUAUACAAUGAGUCAAUGCAAAUGAAGACUGCAUUGGAUGAAACAAGACUACAGCUACAAAAUGCUAAGAACCUACAUAUGAGACAAAUAGAAAUAAUGGAGAGUGAAGAGUUGGCAAGGCAGAAAGCGUUGCGAGCAGAAAUGAUACAAUUGGAGGAUGUCCUCGGGCAACUCCGGAAAGAGUAUGAGAUGUUAAGAAUAGAGUUUGAACAGAAUCUCGCAGCAAAUGAACAGACAGGACCGAUUAACAGGGAAAUGAGGCAUUUGAUAACAUCCCUACAGAAUCAUAAUCAGCAAUUAAAGGGCGAAGUACAUAGGUAUAAGCGGAAAUAUAAGGAUUCUAGUCAAGAACUAAAUAAGCUCCGGAAAGAGAUGGAAGAAGCCAAUGUUAGACCACCACCAGACCAACCAGAUGAGAAACCCCUCGCUGUUAAGAAGGAAGAGCCAGAUCCUGAGAGUGAAGAGGGCGCCAGUAGCGGUGGCGGCGAGACUAAACACUCCGUACCGAAGGACCAUGGACGUGCUAAGAUACAGGAACAAGAACUCAUUAUUAAGGAUCUCAAACAACAACUCAAGAAGGCGGUAAACGAGCAGAAAGAGCUGAAGCUCCUCCUGGAUAUGUAUAAAGGCGUGAGCAAAGAGCAGAGGGACAAAGUGCAAUUGAUGGCCGCAGAACGAAAAGCCAGACAGGAGUUAGAAGACCAUAGACAAAAAGCUAAAAUGGCUCAGGAAAGUAAAAGGGAGCGUCGUAUGGCAGACGAAGACGCGCUGCGGAAGAUCAAACAGCUGGAAGAGCAGAAGUACGAACUCCAGAAGCAGCUCUCUUGCGCCCGGCCUAAUGCAGAUCCCUUGCAUGGCUUCACCAGGCCUUUUGCUGGAUCACAGGAAGAAGAAGCCCUACUCAAUGAGAUGGAGGUGACGGGUCAGGCGUUCGAAGACAUGCAAGAACAAAACUCCAGACUCAUCCAGCAAUUGAGGGAAAAGGACGAUGCCAACUUCAAACUGAUGUCGGAGAGAAUUAAGGCCAAUUCUCUGCAUAAAUUACUUCGGGAAGAGAAGCAGCUUUUGCAGGAACAGGUGGUCACCCGUGACCAACAAAUAGAGUCCAUGGGUCUGGUGGCCCGAAGGUUAGAAGAGAAAGAGAGAUUGCUCCAAGCAACUCUAUCUGCCGUGGAGAAGGAACUGCUUCUUCGGCAGCAGGCGAUGGAAAUGCACAAGCGGAAAGCGAUUGAAUCCGCUCAAUCCGCUGCUGAUCUCAAAUUACAUCUUGAAAAGUACCACGCACAAAUGAAGGAGGCGCAACAAGUGGUCGCCGAAAAGACGAGCGCGCUCGAAGCGGAAGCGUACAAAACAAAAAGACUUCAUGAGGAGUUAGCCAUACUCCGUCGAAAGGCAGAGAGAAUGAAGAAGAUGGAGCAGGCUGGAAGCAGUAUGGAUGAGGUGUUGCUAGAAGAGAUACGCGAAUAUAAGGAGACCCUUACUUGCCCCUCUUGCAAGGUAAAACGCAAGGACGCCGUGUUAACGAAGUGUUUCCACGUCUUUUGCUGGGAUUGUCUGCGGACGCGUUACGAGACGCGGCAAAGGAAAUGUCCAAAAUGCAACGCCGCCUUUGGGGCCAACGACUACCACAGAUUAUAUCUAUCGACGUAGAUGACACGGAGACAGGUGGAUAUUCGAUUUUUGAAUUAAAUGACAUUGACUAGUCGUUUGUCAUUUAGUUUUUUUUAACCGUGGAUACAAGUCCUUCGGUUAUUCACAGAUUUUGCUAUGUGCAGUGUUACAGCUGAUGGUAUAACUAUUUGUAUUGUAUAAUUUGUGAUUUAAUCAAAAAGUUAUGGUUUAGGCAAUUUGACUCAAGACGGUUUAGUAAAGGUAACGCCCAGUUUCAUCAACUGUUUAAUUGCACAUCGAACAAAUUAAGUUUCUGUUUAUUAAAUUAAAACAAUUUAAAGGUUUAGUUCUUAUUUAAUUCUUUAAAUUAAAAGUACUGCUAGAGUCAUUUAUCGGCUUGAUAUUUUAAACAUUAUUAGAUAUAUGUAACGACAUUUUUUAUCAAUUACAUAAAUGUUCACGUCGAUGAGCUUUUAAAAAAUGGGGUUACCGAUACCUGAAGCCAUUUCAUGACAUUUUUUUAUAGAACAGGGGGCAAAAGGGCAGGAGGCUCACCUGAUAUUAAGUGAUACCGCCGCCCAUGGACACUUGAUGCCAGAGGGCUCGCGAGUGCGUUGCCAGCCUUUUAAGAAUUUAACUUCCUAAUAAGGGGUAAAAGGAAACAUUUUGUUAUUGGAAAUUUAAUUUGACAAAGAGUUAAUACCACCGCUGCAAACACGUUUAACAUGAAUUUAUUAGCAGCAUAUGCUAUACAAGGAAAUAAGAAUAUGAUCUCAAGUCAUGUUUUGUAUUUAAACUUAUUUGGAAAUCAUUAUUAUUGAUAAUAUUCGAUAACAAAGCCGCAUAAUAUUUGCUUACAUUAAUUUAUUUAAAAAUAUCGCUUAAGAACUAUUUUCGGCUUACAUAUAAUCUUUAUGUACAUAGAUUUAAAUUCUGAAUACUAUUAUAACUGCCUUAAAUUUAAUAUCUCGCUCCUUAUGUCAUGAGGACACUAUUGUAUUCAUUACAAGAUUCUAUUGUCUAUAGAAUAGUGAUUUCAAUAUGUAUAAUAAAUAUUUUGAUAGCCGAUUUAAAAAUGACGGGGAGUUUAUUGCCACUGCUUGUCCAUUCACAUAUGGACUAGGAAUCCACACUUUAGGAACUAGGAUUAUAUCUUAGAUAUGCAAUAGGGAAAAUAUUCUACAUCUAAUCAUAAAUCGCGUAGUAAAUACUUGUCCCUUGGCAUAUUUAUUUAUGAUUUAAUCUAAUCUCUCGCUGGAUUUACAAUUUGAAAACUAAAAUAAAGGUAGGAAAAUGUUUUGUGGUGUAAGAAAUUAAAUAUUUUUUGAAGUGAAACUUCUUUACGCACGCUUGACUUGGGGAUUAAGCUGGCGAACGCGUGACGUAAGCGUUACGAAAAGUGUGAUCGGGCAAGGCGAACGGAGGUUGAGUGGGGGAUAUAAGCAAGAGACAGUAGUUUUUACCAAUGAAAACAUGAAAUAAAUUUAAAUAUUAGUAGAAAAUUAAUAUAUGUAUAUGUACAUUCGUGUAUAUAUUGUAUACACACACAACAUAUAUAUUAUACAUACAGAUGGAGCGAAAGAAGUUUCACUUCAGUCGUGUGGUCAUAAGCAUACUCGUUUUUUUUCGUAUUGUUGUGUCUGUUACGAGAGAUGAAGAUCACAGAACGGGUCGUAGCAGAGUUGUGUAUAAGUUAAAUGAUAGCUUUUUCGAAUAAUAACUGAAUUUUCGAGUAUUUGUCCGUGAAAAAUGUUUUAAUAUACGGGUCACAUAGCUCGCGUUAAAUUCUCUUGAUUCAUUGGAUUUAAAUGUUUAUGUUAUAAACUUAAUGUAGGUAGAUAAUAGGUAGUUAGAAAAUUAAACGCCUCUGUAAUCGAUGCUUUCUGCGUAAAAUCGAUAGCGAUUUAUUGAAACGUAUUUUUUUAAAUAAUCAUUCUUGACAUACAAAGCGCAUACAAAGAACUUGAAUAGCGAAUUUCGAUGUUGCUACAGUAUUUGUACUGCAGAUUUAGUAAAUUUGCGAAAGGAAAAAAAAUGAAUAGCUAUUGAGUUUACGAGGCUGUUUCAAAAUUAAUAUACUUCAUUUAAAAUUACGUUGUUUUUCAAGUUUUGAUACAUUCAUGUGUUUUUUUAGUCGAGUCGAGUAAAGAUCGAGGCAACAAUUCAUUCCGUAUUAUAGUGAAUUUUCCAUUAAUGAUGAAAUCGAUUAAUUUAUGCAUUUGGCGAUUGUUCGCCCAUCUGUCGUUGUAUAUUGAGAAAGAAUCGAACAAGUAUUUUUUAUUUAUUAGUUUUAAGUGAUGAACCGGAGAUGUGUUGUGGGCUUAUGAUAAAAACGCUAUUUUUAUAAAGGACAUUAAGAUUACUACUAAAAUUAUUGGAUGCAAAUGGCUUAGUAUUAGCCUAGUAAAUUAGUUGUGCGUUCAUAUUAACAUUCUCAUUUUCCUCUAAAUUUACACUUGGUAAAGGAAACGUUCGCAACUAUGUCGUAAAACCAAUCGACGUGUGUCACACAGAGUUGACCUAUAUGUUGAUACAUAUAUGAAGAAAUUUGAUAUACAACUUCUCUGUUGUAUAAUCAAGUUUAAGUUUUGUAUAAUUGUUAUAAUAAAGGGCUACUGAUGAAAAGUAAGUAAAAAAAAAAGUAUGAAGGAAUGAAGAAAUCGAAUUUACCUGUUGUAUAAUUGUUCUAAUACGCUCACAACAUAUCUCUUUAUUGUAGAUAGACAAAUAGCUUGCAGCCCACUGACUGAUGUAUUUAUACUUAAGGUAUAUGUAGAUGUUAAUUCUGCUUAGUGAAUGUUAGAAAUUAUGAUAAUUUUUCUCAUGGGCCGCGUUAUUAAAGUAAAAUAUUGUAUAUUUAUUUCAUAUCACACUGGUGUAAACAUUUUUUAUUUUUGUAUACUGCAAGUGGUAAUUUUGAAGCAAUAUAUAUUAUAUAUCGUAUUCGUAUAUAUUACUUAUUAAUUGGUAAAAUACUUCUUCAGUGAAGUGUAACACGUAUAAGGAUCUUUUAGUAGUUGAUGGACCAACGUGUUUUGUAGCACCGCCCUUAGAAAUAGGAUUGAAUUAUUUUUCCGUCUCGUAUUCUUUACAGCAAUGAUGAACACUUGUGUAUUUUGGUUGAUUAACUUAAGAGUAAUACACGAUAUUAAAAAAAUCUUUUCUAUGUCUUAAACGCGAACGUUUUUAACUAGCAAAGAUCCUUAGACUUGUUUCCCAUAAAACACGACGUUAAUUUCUAUUUCGGGCUGUUGAUUAAAAUUUUUACCUUAUGCUUCGGAGAUUAUCUGAUUGUAUAAAUCCUUAGAUUCGUGGUUCAGUAUUUAAAGUUUCCGCUUGUCAAGCUUCUGUAGAUAAUUUAAUGUUUAUUAUAAAUCAAGUAAAUUUAAGGAUUGUAAAUAAUACGUUUAUACAUUGUAUAAUUACCAGUUCGAUCUAUCGUACUGUGACUUGUUCAUGUAAUUCACCGUGAAGGCUGCGAAAUCUAAGUUAAUAAAGUUAAAUGUAAAGGCUGCGAAAUCUAGAAUUACCUUCGAUGUAAUAACUGGUGUAAUAAUUAAAAGGUCUCUAAAAC